AUGUCGCUCAAGGACAAGGGCAAAGCGAGAGCCAUCGAUUCCCCAAUCCAAUCCGUUGACCGCCCAUCGAUUCCACCCGUCAAACCUCAGCCGAUCCCCGCCACCCCGCUGCUCAACAUCGAAUAUCCGGGCAUUCUGUCUGACGAGCCAGGCGCGUCCUCUCUCACCUCCUACAGCAGUCUCGAACGUGCACUUUGCACGCUGCAUCCAUCCUCACUCCCGCCUUUCACCAGUUGUCCCCAUGAGGCGCUUUGCUUUCUCUCGCGCAUCCCCAACGAGGGACUCAACACCAUCGAGUGUCGGCUCGGUGCGUUUGGCUCUCCGCUCCCACCCACAGCCAAAGUGGACAACAAGUUCGAUCAACUCUUCAAAACACCGUUGAUGGGUCAAGUUGUGCCGACGUAUAAUGUCGUCAUCCGUAUCGUUAAGCGUACUUGGCGUCAAAAGAAGCGCAAACGCUCGUCGUCGGCUUCGGCGUCGCCACAGGUCGACAACAUAGCUCAAUCAAACGAUAUGACUCUAGACCCUGCGCUUUUCGUCCAAGCUGACACGUUGACAACCGACGGACAGUCGUUGCAGAGCGAGAAUCAGAAGCAAGCGAGUGCCAAGCGCAGUCGGUACACGGGGCGUGUGAAAAAGGAGUACUGCAUUGAAGUGCUCGGUCUGGCUACCAAAACGGUGCGCUUCCGGAGCAUGGCAGACUUUGCGUUUCGACCAGACGUAUACGCAUCUGCUACAACCGAUGUUGCCACAUCACCACCACAAUUGGACGCGGUUAUGGAGCUGCACAAGGCGCUCGCGACAAUGGACCUUGGUGCGUUUCAAUGUUUUCGUGUCCCCGAACACCGCCAAGAAUACCAAGUGCCAAACGACCGUCAGCCAAGCUCGGCUCAGCCCAAGUCAAACCUACACAUGCUACCACCUGCCUUCUUUAGUCGGAUAGACGUACCGUUCAACUACAACUUUCAACAAACAACCUACUCUGAACUGCGCACCGUUCAUACACCGGCGCACCUCACGUCUUGCGCGCCCAGUUUCGCACACGCUCUUCGACGCACUGAUCUGCCUGCUGGUCAGAUGCAACGCUUCGUCAACCGUGUUCGACUGCCCAACAUCACACCGCAACAGUUCCGCGUCGGACGAGACUCGACCGUCCCUUGCAAACCGCUGGCUGACGUGGUACGCAUCGAGCAUCGAUGUGAUCGUGCGAUUCUCGCACGUCUUCGGCAGUUGCUGCAAGAGCGGCCGGUGUGGUCACGUGUAGCGCUCAAAAAUCAACUUUCCGCCGUCGAGCUUAGGGAACUCGAUGGUAGCAGCGAAAAGAUCUACUAUGCUCUCGUAGGCUAUGCUAUGGUCGGUGGUCCUUGGAGGGAUACCAUCGUACGCUUUGGCUACGACGUCAGUCUGGAUAAUAGUAGCAGGAUUUAUCAGAGGGUGUUUCUGCGCGGCGGUCCGAUGCGUCGAGAAUCAAGGCUUGCACAACAGAGCUUGGCUGACAAGAGCACUGCACACCAUGACGACGAAGCAAUGAUAACUAGUCGAGAUGCGAGACCUGCCGUUGUUCCUCUACCUUCCGAUACCAGAGCGAGGGCGAACAAUACACAUCUCUUCGAUGGAACUACACUGCAUCGCAACAUAGGCAAUUUUCAACUGUGCGAUAUCCACGAUGGUCUCAUCGAACCGUAUAUCUGGCAAGACAUGGACAACCAUCAUGUGCACACAACAGACAACGAGAAGCGCAUAGUCUGGUUGCGCGAAACCAUGGAUGUCGAGACCGGUUGGUAUACUAGGAGGGCGCUCGACUUGAUUCGUGCGCUCGUAGCCGCACGAUUCAAGGCAUUGGCAGAAUCUGGUAAGCCGCUCGAGCACGAUGCAGUGCACACCCUCGUCGCUCGUAUCAGGCACAAGUGGUCAGAGGAGGAUACCGGCUCCGUGCUCAAUCCUCAGCAUGUCCCAGAGCAACAGCCACAGACACCCAAUAUUCAGCCUAUUCAGCCCGAUUGUGCAAAUCCACCCAAUGCUCAGCAUGAUCCCAGCAACAUCGAUCCUGCUCUCAUCUAG